AUGUCCUACCAGAUAGCUGCUGCUUUAGCCUCAGAGAAUGAGGUAAAGUAGUGCACUGUGUAGGGAAUAAAGUGCUGUUUGGGAUGCUGCCAUGGACUGGGUGUGACAGGCACACUUCUAUCAUAAUCCUAUAGGUGUUGCUGUUUUAGCAUCAUCAGAGAACGAGAUUGGAAACAUGGCCUAAUGGCAAAUAUACAAUAUCUAUACAAUAUAUACAAUAUCUAUACAAUAUAUACACUAUUUAUACAAUAUAUACAAUAUUAAUAUAAUAUAUACAAUAUCUAGACAAUAUAGACAAUACGAUACAAAUACAAUAUCUGAUACAAUAUAACACUAGUAGACAAAUAUACAAUGAGCGAACAAAUAUACACUAUCUAUACAAGAUAUACAAUUCUACACUAGAGUACAAGACAUACAUAAUACAAUAUUAAUAUAAUAUAUACAAUAUCUAUACAAUAUAUACAAUAUUAAUAUAAUAUAUACAAUAUCUAUACAAUAUAUACACUAUUUAUACAAUAUAUACAAUAUCUAUUCAAUAUAUACAAUAUCUACACAAUAUAUACACUAUUUAUACAAUAUAUACAAUAUCUAUUCAAUAUAUACAAUAUCUAUACAAUAUAUACAAUAUGUCAGAGGGAUCAAGUGAACAUUUAAUUGUAUAACACAUUUUUAUGUACAUUAUGUUGUAUAUUGAUAGAAGUCAUAAUAUACAAUGUUGCCAUAUCAAUAAUAAAAAACACACUGUGUACAGGAGACAUUGAGUUCUAUGGUGUUUUCUUUUAUCCCAUUGGGUAAUGUAAUGUAAUCAAAGAUGGCUCAUUGGCUAAUGAAAAUGAUUGACAGAGUGGAUUGGCCAACCUCACAUUAGUCAAUGCAACCUCAGCAUUCUUUAUUGUGUUUUAAUAAAGGGUGUGUUUUUCUGCAAACACAGGCGGUGCUCAGCUUGCUUUAUACCUGGGUGUGUUGUUGUCUGUGAUGGAGGCAGAGCACAAAGGACAUGGAUGUUAGUUGGAGCACCAUUCACUAGACUCAUCAUUGGGCCUUGUUGGUUUUAGCAAAUCCAGUUUUUAAGCAUGUUGAUGUCAGCUUCAGUAAUAUAACUUGUGUGUUGGUUUUUCCUCCAGGCUGAAGUCCACGCCGAGAGGAUCGACCAGAACAGAGAAAACAACACAGCAGACAACAUAGUGGUCUGUACCAAGCCUCCAGCCACAACCAUAGAGCAGGGGGUCGACCCCCGACAGGACGUCCCAGGGAGGAACACUGAGGAAGAGGAGGAGAAGAGGAGGAGAGAUGAAGACGAGGAUCUAGAGUUCCCUCACGACUUUCUGCCCAGCACAGACCUCAGCCUUGAACUCGACUGGGGGACUUCACUUGGGUAGGUGGCUUUGGUUUUACCUGUUUGCUUCUACGCACACGCACACGCACACACACACACACACACACACACACACACACACACACACACACACACACACACACACACACACCAGAGAUAACCUAAAUUGAUCUCAACAUUGCCACUGCUGAUGUCAGGUAAAGGUAAGGUUAGGUAAGGUAAGGUAAGGAAUAUGUUAGGUAAGGUAAGGAAUAUGUUAGGUAAGGAAAGGAAUGUUAGGUAAGGAAAGGAAUAUGUUAGGUAAGAUAAGGAAUAUGUUAGGUAAGGUAAGGGGUAAGUAAGGUAUUGUAGUGUAAGGUGGGGUAAGGUAGGGGAUGGUAAGGGUUAGCUAAGGUUAGGUAGGGUAAGGUAAGGUAAGGUAAAGGAAGGUUUAGGUAAGGUUAGUUAAGAUAUGGUAAGUGAUAGGUAAGGGAUAGGUAAGGUAGGGUAAGAUAAGGUAAGGGUUUGGUAAGGUAAGAGUUACUGUAUGUAAGGUAAGGUAAGGUAAUGGUAAGGGUUAGGCAAGGCAGAUAAGAUUAAGGUAAGUGUAGGCAAGGCAAGGUAAGGUAUGAUAAGGUACAGUUUGGUAAGGUAUGAUAAGGUAAGGUUAGGUAAGGUGAGGUACGGUAAGGUGUGAUAAGGUAAGGUAGGGUAAGAUAAGGUAAGGAUUGGUAAGGUUAGGUAAGGGUCAGGUAAGGUAAGGGUCGGGUAAGGUAAGGUAAGAUAAGGUAAGGGUUGGUAAGGUUAGGUAAGGGUUGGUAAGGUAUGAUAAGGUAAGAUUAGGUAAAGCUGUUGUACUCAGCUCAUUGGCAGUACCGGUAUACAGGUUUAGACUUGUUGUUUGGUUGUUGACUGUUCCUGUUACUAUGAAAUGAGAUUUGUAUUCAUGAUGCAAAUCACUACAGUAUUUACAUAUUCUUCAGAGGCAGGAAAUAUAGAUCACAGCUUUACCAUGAAGUCGUUUACAUUGUAAAGUAUUCCUGCAUAUAGUUUAAUGUCAAUGGAGUGUUAUUCUCCAGCAUUGAAUUGACAGUAGUUGUAAUGGAACUUUAUCCACCCAUAUUGCUGUCUUUUACUGCUAUGCUGUGUGCUGCCUUUAGUCCAGACUUACACUUCCUUCAUCUAAACUGUCCUGGUGUGUGCUCCAUACCUUAUGUGUGUUUUCCGUCCCCUGGUGUGAUUUUAGUAAAGAGAUUAAGAGUGAUCAGGGGAGCCUGAGUGACUCAGUGAGCCCCCUACUGGCUGGUCUGCAACAUCACAUGGAUAGCAGCACACCACUGGUGGCUGUCCAGAAGAGGUAUCCUGCAGUGUGUAGGCUACAGUACUUGUCCACAGCAUGAGGGAGAAGGGGAGACAGAGGGCCUUCGUGCUUCCUCUCUGUUUGCUGUCCACAGCAUGAGGGAGAAGGGGAGACAGAGGGCCUUCGUGCUUCCUCUCUGUUUGCUGUCCACAGCAUGAGGGAGAAGGGGAGACAGAGGGCCUUCGUGCUUCCUCUCUGUUUGCUGUCCACAGUAUGAGGGAGAAGGGGAGACAGAGGGCCUUCGUGCUUCCUCUCUGUUUGCUGUGUGUGUUGUGAGGCAGGGGUUGUGUUCGCUAGGCACGAAACGCAAGAAAGACGUCCGAAAUGGAGUGAAACAGAGUGAAACGGGGAAGCCAUAGUUAUUUUUAUGUAUAUUGUGCUAUAUAUAUUUAUAUAUUUUUUUUUUAUUACCAAUUUCUUUAUUUUAUUUCACUUAGUCCUGCAUGUUGGAGCUCGGAGCCUAAGAUUUUCACUGUACCCUGCAAUCACACCUGUAACCCUGUACAUGUGACUAUUAAACACUGUACCCUGCAAUCACACCUGUAACCCUGUACAUGUGACUAUUAAACACUGUACCCUGCAAUCACACCUGUAACCCUGUACAUGUGACUAUUAAACACUCAAUCUAUUAUCCACUCUGAAUCUAUUACAAACUCAGAAUCAGAAAGUACUAUCUGAACUUGUUCAAUAAGAAACGCUUGUUUUUUUUUUUUUCCGGCUUCCAUUACACAACGUUUUGAACUGUUUUGCUAAAGUGUGCCCUAAUGAACACAACCCUGCGGUGGCCUUUCAGACACUGCAUGGGUUGUAGUGGUGUGUUGACUUUCAGGUGCUUCAGUGAAUUAUUUGAAGACUGACUGAUUCGUAUGUUUGCUCAGUUUUGAUGUUUCCUGUUGGUUUGGCGUCUCUUGUCUGCUGUUGUCUGAGCGGAGUGUGUUUCCUGUUGGUUUGGCGUCUCCAGUUGUGUAAAGUAACUUAAGUCGUUUUUUUGGGUAUCUGUACUUUACAUUUUGCCCGUGGGAAUUGAACCCACAACCCUGGCGUUGCAAGCGCCAUGCUCUACCAACUGAGCUACAGGAGGGCUACUUCACUAUUUAUAUUUCUGUCGACUUUUACUUCAAUACAUAAAAGAAAUAUAUAGUAUACUUUUACUCCGAUACAUUUCCCCUGACCUUCGUUACUCGCUACAAAAUAAAAUACAUCUGAAGCUGGAAGAAAAAAACAAAUCAUGUUGGAAAAAAGAUGCAAGCAACAUCGGCAUUGAGGUAAGCCUACUGUUAGCUUGCUAGCUAGAAUAACAUUAGCUAACCUAGCUAGCCCACAUUUGCUAAUGCAACAAGCAGUGUUAGUUGAUGCUAGCUAAUCCUACAGUUGAAGUCGGAAGUUUACAUACACUUAGGUUGGAGUCAUUAAAACUCGUUUUUCAACCACUCCACACAUUUCUUGUUAACAAACUGUAAUUUUGGCAAGAUGGUUAGGACAUCUACUUUGUGCAUGGCACAAGUAAUUUUUCCAACAAUUGUUUAUAUUUCACUUAUAAUUCAUUGUAUCACAAUUCCAGUGGGUCAGAAGUGUACAUACACUAAGUUGACUGUGCCUUUAAACAGCUUGGAAAAUUCCAGAAAAUGAUGUCAUGGCUUUAGAAUCUUAAUCAUUUGAGUCAAUUGGAGGUGUACCUGUGGAUGUAUUUCAAGGCCAACCUUCAAACUCAGUGCCUCUUUGCUUGACAUCAUGGGAAAAUCAAAAUAAAUCAGCUAAGACCUACAAAAGAAUUAUAGACCUCCACAAGUCUGGUUCAUCCUUGGGAGCAAUUUCCAAAUGCCUGAAGGUACCACGUUCAUCUGUACAAACAAUAGUACGCAAGUAUAAACACCAUGGGACCACGCAGCCGUCAUACCGCUCAGGAAGGAGACGCGUUCUGUCUCCUAGAGAAUGUACUUCGGUGCAAAUAAACCCAGAACAACAUUUACAUUUACAUUUAUCCAGAGCGACUUACAAAUUGGUGCAUUCACCUUAUUUUUUUUUAUUUUUUUUUGGGGGGGUGGGGUAAGGGGGGGGUAGAAGGAUUACUUUAUCCUAUCCCAGGUAUUCCUUAAAGAGGUGGGGUUUCAAGUGUCUCCGGAAGGUGGUGAGUGACUCCGCUGUCCUGGCGUCGUGAGGGAGCUUGUUCCACCAUUGGGGUGCCAGAGCAGCGAACAGUUUUGACUGGGCUGAGCGGGACAUGUGCUUCCGCAGAGGUAGGGGACAGCAGGCCAGAGGUGGAUGAACGCAAUGCCCUCGUUUGGGUGUAGGGACUGAUCAGAGCCUGAAGGUACGGAGGUGCCGUUCCCCUCACAGCUCCGUAGGCAAGCACCAUGGUCUUGUAGCAGAUGCGAGCUUCAACUGGAAGCCAGUGGAGUGUGCGGAGGAGCGGGGUGACGUGAGAGAACUUGGGAAGGUUGAACACCAGACGGGCUGCGGCAUUCUGGAUGAGUUGUAGGGGUUUAAUGGCACAGGCAGGGAGCCCAGCCAACAGCGAGUUGCAGUAAUCCAGACGGGUCCAACAGCGACCUUGUGAAGAUGCUGGAGGAAACAGGUACAAAAGUAUCUACAGUAAAACUAGUCCUAUAUCGACAUAACCUGAAAGGCCGCUCAGCAAGGAAGAAGCCACUGCUCCAAAACCGCCAUAAAAAAGACAGACUAUGGUUUGCAACUGCACAUGGGGACAAAGAUCGUACUUUUUGGAGAAAUGUCCUCUGGUCUGAUUAAACAAAAAUAGAACUGUUUGGCCAUAAUGACCAUUGUUAUGUUUGGAGGAAAAAGGGGGUUGCUUGCAAGCCGAAGAACACCAUCCCAACCGUGAAGCACAGGGGUGGCAGCAUCAUGCUGUGGGGGUGCUUUGCUGCAGGAGGGACUGGUGCACUUCACAAAAUAGAUGGCACCAUGAGGAAGGAAAAUUAUGUGGAUAUAUUGAAGCAACAUCUCAAGACAUCAGUCAGGAAGUUAAAGCUUGGUCGCAAAUGGGCUUCCAAAUGGACAAUGACCCCAAGCAUACUUCCAAAGUUGUGCCAAAAUGGCUUAAAGACAACAAAGUCAAGGUAUUGGAGUGGCCAUCAGCCAAAGCCCUGACCUCAACCCUAUAGAAAAUUUGUGGGCAGAACUGAAAAAGUGUGUGCGAGCAAGGAGGCCUACAAACCUGACUCAGUUACACCAGCUCUGUCAGGAGGAAUGGUCCAAAAUUCACCCAACUUAUUGUGGGAAGCUUGUGGAAGGCUACCCGAAAUGUUUGAGCCAAGUAAAACAAUUUAAAGGCAAUGCUACCAAAUACUAAUUGAGUGUAUGUAAACUUCUGACCCACUGGGAAUGUGAUGAAAGAAAUACAAGCUGAAAUAAAUCAUUCUCUCUACUAUUAUUCUGACAUUUCACAUUCUUAAAAUAAAGUGGUGAUGCUAACUGACCUAAAACAGGGCAUUUUUACUAGGAUUAAAUGUCAGGAAUUGUGAAAAACUGAGUUUAAAUGUAUUUGGCUAAGGUGUAUGUAAACUUCUGACUUCAACUGUAUACCUAAAUAGUUCACUAGCUAGUAGCCACCUACUUUAGCUGGCUAAAAUGUGCCCAGCUUCGGAAGCUUUGUUAGCUAACGCAAUCUAACUAAACUGACACUAGCUAACUAGCUAGUUUGUUAACAAACUAGCUAACUGGUAGUUUCCGAAUCUGGGCACAUUGUAGUCAGCUAACGUUGGUCUAGCCAAAUAACUUUUCUCUAAACACCUGGUCAAGCUAGCUAGCUAACUAAUGUUAGCUUCCGGGUGUUAGCUAGCCAUUGUAUUCCUUGUGUUAGUUGAUAAAGUUGUUCUUCUUACCUAGCUAAUUACUGUAGACUUAAGUUAUUGACGUAACCUACUAGCUAGAUCAAUUAACAUAGUUUUUCUCUCACUGUAAUAUUAAAUGGUGGUCACAAACUCUCACUUAACUAAUGUUGUUUAUAGCUUUAAAAAUGAGGAUCCUAUACCUUAAGUAUUUGGUGAUGGUAGUUAUGUUGCUAAGCAACAGUCUUUCUCCUUUCCUUUUCUUCUUAUUUCAGAGAAACCAUCUUAAGAAGUAUGGAGAACUGAAGAGAAUGCAUGUACACCAUUUUAAGAAGUAUGGAGAACUGAAGAGAAAGCAUGUACACCAUCUUAAGAAGUAUGGAGAACUGACGGCAAACACACUGAAGAGAAAACAUGCCCCUAAGACUCCCUCCACCAUCAAGCAGAGCACAUUACUGAAGACAGUGUCUCAAAAAUCCAUCGACAAAGCUGUGGUGAAGUAUGUGGUCCAGGGGCUCCAACCAUUCGCUUUUGUAGAACAAGAACCGUUCAGAGAGUUUGUCCAGGAUCUGCAGCCUAACUCAAAGAUCUUAUCAAGGCCCACACUGCGCUCCAGGAUUGAUGAAGCCUCCACGGAAAUGAAGAAGGUGGUGACUGAGGCCAUAAGAGGAGUUGACCGCAUCGCCACCACCACCGACUGCUGGUCUGCAAGAAGACAGAGUUUCAUUGGUGUCACAGCCCACUGGAUAGACCCUGACAGUCUCAACAGAUGCUCUGCAGCCCUGGCCUGUAAACGGUUGAGGGGAUCGCACACCUUUGAUGUGUUGGCAGGCGCCCUAAAUGACAUCCAUUCUGAUUUUGAAAUCCGGAGUAAGAUUGUGAGAACAGCAACAGACAACGGCUCUAACUUCUUGAAAGCUUUCCAAGUUUUUGGAGAAGAUGAAAACAACGAGGCAGUGGAAGCAGUGGGUGGUGAAGCAGCUCAGCCAACGAGGCAGUGGAAGCAGUGGGUGGUGAAGCAGCUCAGCCAACGAGGCAGUGGAAGCAGUGGGUGGUGAAGCAGCUCAGCCAACGUGGCAGUGGAAGCAGUGGGUGGUGAAGCAGCUCAGCCAGGACAGGAAGAUGGUGAAGAGGAACAAGAGGAGAGUGAAGAAGUGGAGUUUGUUGAUGUGGCAACGAUCCUGAAUGAAGAUGAUGGUUUUGAGUACCAGCUGCCGAAGCACCAGCGCUGUGCUUGCCACCUACUCAACUUAGUAUCUACAGUCGAUGCCCUGAAAGCAACAUCCAGUGAGGCUUACAAAAAAAGUGUCCCGUUCAACAUUUGGCAAGUGCCAAGCACUUUGGAACAAAUGCGGAAGAUCCACACCCGCAGCCGAAACGGUUGAAGAUGCUUGCGACCUCCAGCUGCUGUGCCCGAAUGCUAUAAGGUGGAACUCCUGGUUCAUGGCUGUAGAAAGACUCCUGAGGAUCGUCAAAGACAAAAGGAGAGGCGGCCGUCAGAGUUCUCUGCACAGACUUCAAGGUUCCAAUGUAAGUAAGGAUUAUGUAUUAUAUUUUCUUAAUUUAAGGUCUUGAAUGUUGUCUAGAUCCUGUUGCAGUGUUUCCUGACCCUUUGCUUGGGGACUAAUAACUGUUUCACAUAUUGUAGCCAUACACUAUCAUUGAUCCAUUUAGUCAACUACUCAUCCAGCCACUGAUCACUGUAGUUAUUAGUCCCCAUCGUAUAGGGUUAGGAAACAGUAUUAUUAUUAUUAUUUUUAUUUUUUACAUAGGUUCAAUCCAGCUGAACUUGCCUUCCUCACAGAGUAUGCUGCCUCCACGAUCCCAGUCACAAAGCAAAUCAACAUCCUGCAGGCUGAAACCAAUGUCCAGAUGGGGUGGCUACUUCCAACUAUCAACCUGCUGAUCACAAAACUUGACAGAAUCAAGUUGUCCCUGAAGUACUGUAAGCCUCUGGUGGAUGCGCUACAACUGGGACUGAAGAAGCGCUUCAGCCACACGUUUCACGACCCUGAGCUGAUCGCAGCUGCAAUCCUUCUCCCCAAAUUCACAACAACGUGGACAAAGGAUGACGCCGCCACACGGAAUGGGUAAGACGACGUGGUUAAUUAACAGUAUUUGAUUAUUCAUAAACAACUGUGUAUAGUGUACAUUUGUACACUUUAUAGAUUUGAGAACCACCCAUUUAAACUACAGUCCUGACUUUGUGGUUCAGUCUAAUGGGUAGCCUACUUAGCCCUGUUGCUUGGUUUAUAUAGAUGGGGGGAUGGAUUUAUGUAGGCUCAUAACGGCAUGAUUUCUAUUGUCAUCUCCCUUGUAUUUCAGGAAUGGACUACAUCAAGGACCACCUGGAAGAACCCUUGCUGCAGCUAGGUGAUGGCAGCAGUUCAUCAGACGAGGAGGACUUCUUCUCUGCAAUGAAGACACUAGAAAGCUCCAAACAGCUUGACGGAUACCUGGCCUGUUCAGCUGAUCAUAUGGAGUGGCUCAAGUCCUUCCCGGCAGUCUGUGAGCUGUCUCUGAGGCUAAACACACCCUUACCUGCAUCAGCUGCAUGUGAAAGGCUGUUCGGCAUAGCAGGACUUGUUUUCAGCCGCAGGAGAGCAAGACGGGAUUCCAGAAACGUUGAAAACCAGCUUUUACUGAAGAUGAACCGUAAAUUAUUCAACUUCAAGUGAUGACAGCUUAACGCUAGCAAGCCCAAGGACAGGGAUGCCUUUAUGCGUUUUGCUAAUUUACAGUGGGGAGAACAAGUAUUUGAUACACUGCCGAUUUUGCAGGUUUUCCUACUUACAAAGCAUGUAGAGGUCUGUAAUUUUUUAUCAUAGGUACACUUCAACUGUGAGAGACGGAAUCUAAAACAAAAAUCCAGAAAAUCACAUUGUAUGAUUUUUAAGUAAUUAAUUUGCAUUUUAUUGCAUGACAUAAGUAUUUGAUCACCUACCAACCAGUAAGAAUUCCGGCUCUCACAGACCUGUUAGUUUUUCUUUAAGAAGCCCUCCUGUUCUCCACUCAUUACCUGUAUUAACUGCACCUGUUUGAACUCGCUACCUGUAUAAAAGACACCUGUCCACACACUCAAUCAAACAGACUCCAACCUCUCCACAAUGGCCAAGACCAGAGAGCUGUGUAAGGACAUCAGGGAUAAAAUUGUAGACCUGCACAAGGCUGGGAUGGGCUACAGGACAAUAGGCAAGCAGCUUGGUGAGAAGGCAACAACUGUUGGCACAAUUAUUAGAAAAUGGAAGAAGUUCAAGAUGACGGUCAAUCACCCUCGGUCUGGGGCUCCAUGCAAGAUCUCACCUCGUGGGGCAUCAAUGAUCAUGAGGAAGGUGAGGGAUCAGCCCAGAACUACACAGGAGGAUCUUGUCAAUGAUCUCACGGCAGGACCAUAGUCACCAAGAAAACAAUUGGUAACACACUACGCCGUGAAGAACUGAAAUCCUGCAGCGCCUGCAAGGUCCCCCUGCUCAAGAAAGCACAUAUACAGGCCUGUGUUAAGUUUGCCAAUGAACAUCUGAAUGAUUCAGAGGAGAACUGGGUGAAAGUGUUGUGGUCAAAUGAGACCAAAAUCGAGCUCUUUGGCAUCAACUCAACUCGCCGUGUUUGGAGGAGGAGGACUGCUGCCUAUGACCCCAAGAAAACCAUCCCCACCGUCAAACAAGGUGGAAACAUUAUGCUUUUGGGGUGUUUCUCUGCUAAGGGGACAGGACAACUUCACCGCAUCAAAGGGACGAUGACCGGGGCCAUGUACUGUCAAAUCUUGGGUGAGAACCUCCUUCCCUCAGCCAGGGCAUUGAAAAUGGGUCGUGGAUUGGUAUUCCAGUAUGACAAUGACCCAAAACACACGGCCAAGGCAACAAAGGAGUGGCUCAAGAAGAAGCACAUUAAGGUCCUGGAGUGGCCUAGCCAGUCUCCAGACCUUAAACCCAUAGAAAAUCUGUGGAGGGAGCUGAAGGUUCGAGUUGCCAAACAUCAGCCUCGAAACCUUAAUGACUUGGAGAAGAUCUGCAAAGAGGAGUGGGACAAAAUCCCUCCUGAGAUGUGUGCAAACCUGGUGGCCAACUACAAGAAACGUCUGACCUCUGUGAUUGCCAACAAGGGUUUUACCACCAAGUACUAAGUCAUGUUUUGCAGAGGGGUCAAAUACUUAUUUCCCUCAUUAAAAUGCAAAUCAAUUCAUAACAUUUUUGAAAUGCGUUUUUCUGGAUUUUUUUGUUGUUAUUCUGUCUCUCACUGUUCAAAUAAACCUACCAUUAAAAUUAUAGACUGAUCAUGUCUUUGUCAGUGGGCAAACGUACAAAAUCAGCAGGGGAACAAAUACUUUUUUCUCUCACUGUAUAUAUUUCUAUACUCCGGACUAUUAAUAUUUAUAUAUUUCUUAAUUCCAUUAUUUUAGAUCUGUGUGUAUUGUUGUUAAUUGUCAGAUACUACUGCACUGCUGGAGUUAGGAAGACAAGCAUUUCGCUACCCCUGCAAUAACAUCUGCUAAAUACAGUUGAAGUCGGAAGUUUACAUACACCUUAGCCAAAUACAUUUAAACUCAGUUUUUCACAAUUCCUGACAUUUAAUCCUAGUAAAAAUGCCCUGUCUUAUGUCAGUUAGGAUCACCACUUUAUUUUAAGAAUGUGAAAUGUCAGAAUAAUAGUAGAGAGAAUGAUUUAUUUCAGCUUUUAUUUAUUUCAUCACAUUCCCAGUGGGUCAGAGGUUUACAUACACUCAAUUAGUAUUUGGUAGCAUUGCCUUUAAAUUGUUUAACUUGGGUCAAACGUUUCAGGUAGCCUUCCACAAGCUUCCCACAAUGAGUUGGGUGAAUUUUGGCCCAUUCCUCCUGACAGAGCUGGUUUAACUGAGUCAGGUUUGUAGGCCUCCUUGCUCGCACACGCUUUUUCAGUUCUGUCCACACAUUUUCUAUAGGGUUGAGAUCAGGGCUUUCUGAUGGCCACUCCAAUACCUUGACUUUGUUGUUCUUAAGCCAUUUUGGCACAACUUUGGAAGUAUGCUUGGGGUCAUUGUCCAUUUGGAAGCCCAUUUGCGACCAAGCUUUAACUUCCUGACUGAUGUCUUGAGAUGUUGCUUCAAUAUAUCCACAUAAUUUUCCUUCCUCAUGAUGCCAUCUAUUUUGUGAAGUGCACCAGUCCCUCCUGCAGCAAAACACCCCCACAGCAUGAUGCUGCCACCCCCGUGCUUCACGGUUGGGAUGGUGUUCUUCGGCUUGCAAGCAACCCCCUUUUUCCUCCAAACAAAAUGAUGGUCAUUAUGGCCAAACAGUUCUAUUUUUUUUCAUCAGACCAGAGGACAUUUCUCCAAAAAGUAUGAUCUUUGUCCCCAUGUGCAGUUGCAAACCAUAGUCUGUCUUUUUUAUGGUGGUUUUGGAGCAGUGGCUUCUUCCUUGCUGAGCGGCCUUUCAGGUUAUGUCGAUAUAGGACUCGUUUUACUGUGGAUAUAGAUACUUUUGUACCUGUUUCCUCAAGCAUCUUCACAAGAUCCUUUGCUGUUGUUCUGGGAUUGAUUUGCACCAAAGUACGUUCAUCUCUAGGAGACAGAACGCGUCUCCUUCCUGAGCGGUAUGACGGCUGCGUGGUCCCAUGGUGUUUAUACUUGCAUACUAUUGUUUGUAGAGAUGAACAGGGUACCUUUAGGCAUUUGGAAAUUGCUCCCAAGGAUGAACCAGAAUUGUGGAGGUCUACCAUUUUUUUGCUGAGGUCUUGACUGAUUUCAUUUGAUUUUCCAAUGAUGUCAAGCAAAGAGGCACUGAGUUUGAAGGUAGGCCUUGAAAUACAUCCACAGGUACAUCUCCAAUUGACUCAAAUGAUGUCAAUUAGUCUAUCAGAUGCUUCUAAAGCCAUGACAUCAUUUUCUGUCUCAACUUAGUGUAUGUAAACUUCUGACCUACUGGAAUUGUGAUACAGUGAAUUAUAAGUGAAAUAAUCUGUCCGUAAACAAUUGUUGGAAUAAUUACUUGUGCCAUGCACAAAGUAGAUGUCCUAACCGACUUGCCAAAACUAUAGUUUGUUAACAAGAAAUUUGUGGAGUGGUUGAAAAACGAGUUUUAAUGACUCCAACCUAAGUGUAUGUACACUUCCGACUUCAACUGUAUGUGUAUGCGACCAUUAAAAUGUAAUUUUAUUUUAUUUGAAUAAGUGUUGCUAUAUUUAUUUCUCAAAGCACAUGCUCCGCUAUAAAACCAAAGUAGCCUACAAAACGGACCGGCAGGAAAUGAAGCAGCCUCAAUUCGCUAUUCGGGUGGUUCUGCCCGUUUGAUAAUGGGCCAUUCCUGAGGAAAGGAACAGAACCCAAGCUUUUUUUGCAAACUUUCUGAAAUCAUCAGUAGCACCACGCAGCCCAUAUACUACCGGGGUAUUGUGGAGGCCAGGUCAUCUGAUGCAGCACUCCGUCACUCUCCUUCUUGGUAAAAUAGCCCUUACACAUCCUGGAGGUGUGUUGGGUCAUUGUCCUGUUGAAAAACAAAAUUAUAGUCCCACUAAGGCCAAACCAGAUGGGAUGGCGUAUCGCUGCUGAAUGCUGUGGUAGCCAUGCUGCUUAAGUGUGCCUUGAAUUCUAAAUAAAUCACAUACAGUGUCACCAGCAAAGCACCCCCACACCAUAACACCUCCUCCUCCAUGCUUUACGGUGGGAACUACACAUGCAGAGAUCAUCCGUUCACCCACACCGCGUCUCACAAAGACACGGCAGUUGGAACCAAAAAUCUUCAAUUUGGACUCUAGACCAAAGGACAAAUUUCCACCUGUCUAAUGUCCAUUGUUCGUGUUUCUUGGCCCAAGCAAGUCUCUUCUUCUUAUUGGUGUCCUUUAGGAGUGGUUUAUUUGCAGCAAUUCGACCAUGAAUGCCUGAUUCACACAGUCUCCUCUGAACAGUUGAUGUUGAGAUGUGUCUGUUACUUGAACUCUGUGAAGCAUUUAUUUGGGCUGCAAUUUCUGAGGCUGGUUAACUGUAAUGAACCUAUCCUCUGCAGCAGAGGUAACUCUGGGUCUUCCAUGCCAAGAGUGUACAAAGCUGUCAUCAAGGCUAUAGGACCUAAAAAUAUAUGUAUUUAUUUUAUUCAGUUAAAUUAUAUUCUUCUUACUAUAAAAUGUAUUUAUUAUUUAUUAUUAUUUAUUUAUAAAAUCAUAUAAAAUAAAAAUAAUGGCAUCGGACUUAUAAACAUAUCUUGUCAGCUAAAUGAACAAGCCUACAGCCUGUGGCAUGGAGUAUUGCCAGAUAACAUAGGCCUACAGCAGGCCAAGUCAUAUUCUGUUCUUCUGAAAUACAUUUUCUUAAUAUCAAUAUCAUUCCUUUAGACCUGACUAAAAUAAAUAAUGGAUGUAUUGAUUUAUUACGCUUUUUUAAAUGUAGAUUUUCCAAAGGCGCAUCAGCUGCUGGUAUGCGUGGAGGCCUGGAAAUGCUGCUAAACAUGUUUAUGUUAAUUAACGGGCAUUUACCGCGAGACUGCCAGUCUUUUGCAUGACAAUAACCGUCUGACAAAAUGUAAUGACCACCGCAGGCCUAGUUGACAUUACCUUUACUCUCUCAUUAUAAAAAAAGAUACGGUUGGUUUGUUGAUGCUGGGUUAUUGAGAUAUGACCCAGCGGGUCAGAUUAGAAGACUGGAGGCUUGGCUUGGCCACCCGUGUGAGUAAAUGUCAUUCCAAUUAAUCUGUUCUCUUGAAUUGUUUUCACAUGUUAUGGUUGAACGCUGACACUUUUAUAGCUUUAAUGAAGCUUACAGAAGUGUCUGAGUUCCUUAAAAGCAUAUGCAAAAUCCAAUUUGAUAUCACCAAUGGGAUAGUAACCACUUUGUUGCAAUAUGUCAAUAGUUAUGUUAUUAUUUUUGUAUUAGAAUAUUAAAUGUGCAGUAAUAUUCAAAGAAAAUUUAACAAUGCAGUGUACAAACUUAACAUGAUCAAAAUUAUUGACAUUUACUCUCACAGGUGGCCAAAAAUAGCUGGUGGCCAAACCCCUAAUAAGCCACACCUCCUCAAAAUAACCUAUGGAUUACAUUUAAAAAGACGCAGCUGCUUGGUCAACCAUGCAUUAAAUAAUAAAAACCCAGUCGAUGGUUAAAUUAAGCGAUGUUUGGGUAAUCCGAAACAACCUAACACGUUGGGUUAUUCACGCAACCUGACACAUUAUGUGUGAUGUGUAAGUGAUGUGUAAUUCCUAUUGAAAUCCAGCCAGAGUGGGGAUAUAUCCAACCUUCAGAAUGUUUGAUCACCCGCAACCUGCAUUCAGAAUGACUGCCAGUGUUGGGAAGACUGAAAUAUGAGACUACCUAAAGCAUCUUAACCUGAGCAACCAUUAAAGUAAUUAUUUCAAUAAGUCCAACUAACAUAUUGGAUUAGUUUAGAAAAUGUAUGUUAUUUAUAUUUGAGAAGCAUAAGAUUAAUUAAUCAAUCAAUGUACAUACAAAAACAUACAUAUUGAAACAAACAACUGUUAUGAUCAACCCGCAAUAGAGCAUGCUGGGAAAUAUGAUAAUGAUGGGCGUGGUUUUGGUUAAACUCUGGUUAUUAAGACCAACACUGGGGUUAUUUUACACCAAUGAGAGUUAAGUCAACACUAAAAGAGUUAAGAAGGACCUCAAAAUAAGGCCUUAGGAAAUACGUAUUGUAUUGUGUUAAAUAAUAACAUUUUAAUGAUAACAUAUUCACUCAAGUCCAUAAGGCAGAAAAUGGAUGAAUGCAACAAGCAUGUCUCUGUCACUAACAAAUUCAGUCAUGGGUGGUAACUCUACAAUUCACUCGGGAAGCAAGGCAUUCUGGGAAAUAAGGCUUUAUACCAAGCAGUGUGUUAAUUUAACACUGUUCCAAUGUCUAAACGGGUCCACACUUUCCGUGUUAAUUUAACACUGGAGAAUUUGCUGUGUACGAAAACAAACUAUAGCCACAGCGCUGCUGCUGUCCUUUAGGACCAACACAACGAGACAAAUUAGCAAACAUGACGAGAAUACAAAAUGAUUGACACAAUGCAAUAAUGCUUGUGUAGCUGUGUAAUGCUGUGGCAAUAUCAGUCCCAUCAGGAGCAAUACACCGAACCAAGGCGGUCUUAAUGCAUUGGGCGGCAGGUAGCCUAAAUCUUCGCUCAUGGAGUGGUGCUUGCACACUGCUCCGGUGCUCCAGGUCCUUUCCAACCGCUCCGCUAACAACCGCUCCGCGCUCACAAGGAAAUAAAACUGCCGCUCCAAAUUUGCUCCAUUCACUGUGGUGGAUAUAAUAUAAGGUAAUGCUGCGGUGGUGGAUAUAAUAUAAGGUAAUGCUGCGGUGGUGGAUAUAAUAUAAGGUAAUGCUGCGGUGGUGGCUAUAAUGUAAGCUAAUGCUGCGGUGGUGGAUAUAAUGUAAGGUAAUGCUGCGGUGGUGGAUAUAAUGUAAGGUAAUGCUGCGGUGGUGGAUAUAAUGUAAGGUAAUGCUGCGGUGGUGGCUAUAAUGUAAGGUAAUGCUGCGGUGGUGGAUAUAAUAUAAGGUAAUGCUGCUGUGGUGGAUAUAAUAUAAGGUAAUGCUGCUGUGGUGGAUAUAAUGUAAGGUAAUGCUGCUGUGGUGGAUAUAAUAUAAGGUAAUGCUGCUGUGGUGGCUAUAAUAUAAGGUAAUGCUGCUGUGGUGGCUAUAAUAUAAGGUAAUGCUGCUGUGGUGGAUAUAAUGAGAUAAAGGGAACCAAGACUGCACUGUAAAAAAAAAAAAAAAGGAUUGAUUCAACAUACAAUUGUAAGCUGCAAUAGGAUUGAGUUUACUCAACAUUUGGGCAUAUAGCUGAACCAACAUCCAUGAAUUGUAUGUUCACUCUUUUCCAGUGUGAAAUGUAACUCUUUACGUCAAUACAUUACACACAUCAUAAGGCCUUUCAUUGAGGGCCUAGUUACACCCCCAAUGCAGUGGUCGGAAACUCCUGGUUUACAGGCCACAUCAAGCCUGCAAGUCACAUUAUGCUGGCUUGCAAAGUGAUGUGUAAUUCCUAUUGUAAUCCAGCCAGAGUGGGGAUAGUCAGCCAGAGUGGAGAUAGUCAGCCAGAGUGGAGAUAGUCAGCCAGAGUGGAGAUAGUCAGCCAGGGUGGGGAUAGUCAGCCAGAGUGGGUGUAGUCAGCUAGAGUGGGGAUAGUCAGCCAGAGUGGAGAUAGUCAGCCAGAGUGGGGAUAGUCAGCCAGAGUGGGGAUAGUCAGCUAGAGUGGGGAUAGUCAGCCAGAGUGGGGAUAGUCAGCUAGAGUGGGGAUAGUCAGCCAGAGUGGAGAUAGUCAGCCAGAGUGGGGAUAGUCAGCCAGAGUGGAGAUAGUCAGCCAGAGUGGGGAUAGUCAGCCAGAGUGGAGAUAGUCAGCCAGAGUGGGGAUAGUCAGCCAGAGUGGGGAUAGUCAGCCAGAGUGGAGAUAGUCAGCCAGAGUGGGGAUAGUCAGCCAGAGUGGGGAUAGUCAGCCAGAGUGGGGAUAGUCAGCCAGAGUGGGGAUAGUCAGCCAGAGUGGGGAUAGUCAGCCAGAGUGGGGAUAGUCAGCCAGAGUGGGGAUAGUCAGCCAGGGUGGGGAUAGUCAGCCAGCCAGAGUGGGGAUAGUCAGCCAGAGUGGGGAUAGUCAGUCAGCCAGGGUGGGGAUAGUCAGCCAGAGUGGGGAUAGUCAGCCAGGGUGGGGAUAGUCAGCCAGGGUGGGGAUAGUCAGCCAGAGUGGGGAUAGUCAGCCAGAGUGGGGAUAGUCAGCCAGGGUGGGGAUAGUCAGCCAGGGUGGGGAUAGUCAGCCAGGGUGGGGAUAGUCAGCCAGAGUGGGGAUAGUCAGCCAGGGUGGGGAUAGUCAGCCAGGGUGGGGAUAGUCAGCCAGAGUGGGGAUAGUCAGUCAGCCAGGGUGGGGAUAGUCAGCCAGAGUGGGGAUAGUCAGCCAGGGUGGGGAUAGUCAGCCAGGGUGGGGAUAGUCAGCCAGAGUGGGGAUAGUCAGCCAGGGUGGGGAUAGUCAGCCAGGGUGGGGAUAGUCAGCCAGAGUGGGGAUAGUCAGCCAGGGUGGGGAUAGUCAGCCAGGGUGGGUAUAGUCAGCCAGGGUGGGGAUAGUCAGCCAGAGUGGAGAUAGUCAGCCAGAGUGGAGAUAGUCAGCCAGUGCAGAUAGUCAGCCAGGGUGGGGAUAGUCAGCCAGAGUGGGGAUAGUCAGCCAGCCAGGGUGGGGAUAGUCAGCCAGGGUGGGGAUAGUCAGCCAGUGUGGGGAUAGUCAGCCAGGGUGGGGAUAGUCAGCCAGAGUGGGGAUAGUCAGCCAGGGUGGGGAUAGUCAGCCAGAGUGGGGAUAGUCAGCCAGGGUGGGGAUAGUCAGCCAGGGUGGGGAUAGUCAGCCAGGGUGGGGAUAGUCAGCCAGGGUGGGAAUAGUCAGCCAGGGUGGGGAUAGUCAGCCAGAGUGGAGAUAGUCAGCCAGAGUGGAGAUAGUCAGCCAGUGCAGAUAGUCAGCCAGGGUGGGGAUAGUCAGCCAGAGUGGGGAUAGUCAGCCAGCCAGGGUGGGGAUAGUCAGCCAGUGUGGGGAUAGUCAGCCAGGGUGGGGAUAGUCAGCCAGAGUGGGGAUAGUCAGCCAGGGUGGGGAUAGUCAGCCAGUGUGGGGAUAGUCAGCCAGCCAGGGUGGGGAAAGUCAGCCAGAGUGGGGAUAGUCAGCCAGCCAGGGUGGGGAUAGUCAGCCAGGGUGGGGAUAGUCAGCCAGGGUGGGGAUAGUCAGCCAGAGUGGGGAUAGUCAGCCAGGGUGGGGAUAGUCAGCCAGGGUGGGGAUAGUCAGCCAGGGUGGGGAUAGUCAGCCAGAGUGGGGAUAGUCAGCCAGAGUGGGGAUAGUCAGCCAGGGUGGGGAUAGUCAGCCAGAGUGGAGAUAGUCAGCCAGGGUGGGGAUAGUCAGCCAGAGUGGGGAUAGUCAGCCAGAGUGGGGAUAGUCAGCCAGAGUGGAGAUAGUCAGCCAGAGUGGGGAUAGUCAGCCAGGGUGGGGAUAGUCAGCCAGAGUGGGGAUAGUCAGCCAGUGCAGAUAGUCAGCCAGCCAGGGUGGGGAUAGUCAGCCAGAGUGGAGAUAGUCAGCCAGAGUGGGGAUAGUCAGCCAGAGUGGAGAUAGUCAGCCAGGGUGGGGAUAGUCAGCCAGAGUGGAGAUAGUCAGCCAGGGUGGGGAUAGUCAGCCAGAGUGGGGAUAGUCAGCCAGAGUGGGGAUAGUCAGCCAGGGUGGGGAUAGUCAGCCAGAGUGGAGAUAGUCAGCCAGGGUGGGGAUAGUCAGCCAGAGUGGGGAUAGUCAGCCAGAGUGGGGAUAGUCAGCCAGAGUGCAGAUAGUCAGCCAGUGCAGAUAGUCAGCCAGAGUGGGGAUAGUCAGCCAGCCAGGGUGGGGAAAGUCAGCCAGAGUGGGGAUAGUCAGCCAGAGUGGGGAUAGUCAGCCAGAGUGGGGAUAGUCAGCCAGGGUGGGUGACUCGUUCAUUUUAGUCUUUCGUUUGACCUGCUAGUGCUGGCCACCAUGAGUCCUACAGCAGGAUUAAUACAUGGUCCUCUGGCUCAGGGACUCCAGAGACGUGCUCGACCACCAACUGUCAUAUGCACGAAGGGAAAUAGACCAUGAGCAUAGAGAAGAAAAAUACAUGUUUAGAACUGAUCAUUGAUCUCAUGGUGUAAGAACGAAUGCAAUUAAUGUAUUAUUGAAUGUUAUGAUGGACACAGCUUUGGAGAACCAAAACAUACACAGCCUCCAUCGGGAGUCGUUUGGUUCGUUCAGUUCGCGAACGACAUUGUGCCAAUCACCGUCACUGCAGUCAAGCAACACAUUCCGCCAAGAGUCGUUCAAAAUCUAGUCUGGUUGCGGCCACAGCUAGACCUCGUUGCAAAUGUAUCAAGAAAUAACAGUAUUUGUAUGCCUAGCAAUCAAAACAUUGACAUUGUUUAAAGCACACGUCUCAGUCACAAAUUACAGCUCCAAUAAGCCCGCUAUGGUGAACUAUAUGGGAACGAGAGGGUGUAGAAUCAUGAGUUUUCAGUUCAUCGUUCGCCGGUACGGGGUCCUGCGUGGUCAUUACUGACUCAAAUGAAGAAAAAUGAGUAGAAAGAUUUGUUCUUUUGACUGAACGAGACGAAAAGAUCUGAGUUAGUAAAAAGAGCCGAAACUUCACAUCAGUAAUAUCCAACAAUUGGAACUUUUAAUGACCCGAAAUCUGCACUGAGAAUGACUGCCAGGGUAGGUAAGAUUGAUUAUUGAGACUACCUAAAUUAUAUAAACUGGAACAGCCGUCUCAGUAACAGGUGCAAAAAGUCCAACUAAUAACAGAUUGGAUUAGUUUUAUUUAUGUUUUGUGUAGCAUAAAAUUAAUCAACCAAUCAAUGUACAUGCAAAAACACAUGUAUUGAAACAAAUAUUUCAGAAAAUCAACCUGCAAUAGAGCAUGCUGGGAAAUAUGGUAAUGAUGGGUGUGGUUUUCAGUGGUUUUGAGCAAACAUACUGUACAUUUGUCAUUUUACUCAACAAGCUUCUUCAAAUUCAGUUUGUUGAUUCAACGUACAAUUGUAAGACGACAACAAAGCUGCGAUAGGAUUGUGAGUUUGCUCAACAUUUGGGCAUAUAGCUGACCCAACACACAGCGUUGCCUUCCAAAGGAAAACACAUCAGCUCACGGUGAGCAAAGUUUGUUGAGUGAACAAACGUUCACACGUCAGCUCAACUUCUUGUCCUGAAGUCUACCCAACUCACAGAAUAACGCCGAUUUAAACAAUUAGUUAAGUUGACAUUAUUACAGUGUGUGUUCAUGAUUCCGGUAGCUUCUGCCCAGUGUCUACUGCCUAGUCCAUCAGAAAAUAUAAAGCCCUAUUCCCUAUAUAAAGCCUCAUGGGCUCUGGUCAAAAGUAGCGCACUGUAUAGGGAACAGUCAGACGUUUGGGACGUACGUACUUCCCAGUGCCCAGAGACCCUGGCUGCAGUGACUCAGCAGCAUUGAUUCGGCCAUUCAGAAAACCAAUGAAGAGGUUUAUUACGGCUUCCUGUCCUCUCCUGCCCACCCACUGGCUUUAAUGAGGGUAGAAGAUGGAGGACUUGACGUGUUUUCUGAAUACUAAGUGACCGCCGUAGAGGAAAAUAAUGACAUCACCUUUCUUUUAUGAGUGACCACUGUUUCCUGUUCUUUGAUUUAUGAGAAAAGAACCAAUGACUGCAUCCCAAAUUGCACCCUAUUCCCUAACUAGCGCACAGAGGGACCAAAGUAGUGCACUAUGUAGGGAAUAGGGUGCAUUUUGGGACGCGGCCAUUGUCUUUAAGAUACCAGUACGUUCCUUGUCAGCUUGUGUACUCUGAACCAUUGUUUUGACUGAGUUAUGCGUCUCUGUUUGUUAAAUGAAUGCUCUUAUUUUUAUGCAGUCUGACUACUCAACCUAGAACAUUUCUGAAUGCAGUGCUCUGUACAAUGUACAGAUUAUAUUGCAGUGUUGUGUACAGGCUGCAGUGGGCAGUGUGCAGAUUGCAGUGCAGUACCUGUGUGUUGUGUGCAGAUUGCAGUGCAGUGCAUGUGUGAAGUGUGCAGAUUGCAGUGCAGUGCCUGUGUGCUGUGUGCAGAUUGCAGUGCAGUACCUGUGUGCAGUGUGCAGAUUGCAGUGCAGUACCUGUGUGCAGUGUGCAGAUUGCAGUGCAGUGCCUGUGUGCAGUGUGCAGCGCAGUACCAGUGCAUGGAGUUGGGACUUGCCCCUGCCCGGCAUGUGCUAUGCGUUUUCUAUAGCAUCGUGGAAUCGACAGCUGUUUUGACGACCAUUUCCCAGUGACUAACUCUGUCUCCCUGCCCACCCUCCUGCCCGGCUGGUCCCCACACCCCUCCCCACCCUGGACCUCAGGCAUCCCGGCCAUGCUGACCUAAUUCCCACAGACAUUCGUACCCCUCCUUCCCCCAAGCCUAAUGCCACGCCCAUGGAGGGUGCCCUGUCCCCACCCCUUCUGCCCCUGACUCCAGCUCUGUCCCUAGAGAGGGUCCCGGCCCUGCCGAUUGCCCCGCCCGUGGAAGGUGCCCCGCUCCUGUGUCCACCCCUCCCAGCACUAUCUUCCCUACCCCUGUCCCCGGCCAAGUCUACUGGCACACCCAUGCAGGGUGCUCCACCUCUCACACCCCCGUCCCCUGCCAUGCUGUUGGAGCAAGAGCUACUCGAGGCCUUCCAGGAAUACGAGGAACAAAUGGCCUCUCUGAGCAUACCGGAACUCCAUGUCUCUGAGACCAGUGGUCAAUGCCCACCUGUGGGCCUUCUGCCCAAAUACUCAGUCCACUAUGAGGAAGAGGAAGGAAGAAGAGGUACGGGAGGAGGAGGAGGAGGAGGAGGAGGAUUGACAGAUGAAGAGGAGAGAAGGGCUAGAGGAAGAGGAGUGACUGUUACUGUUCCCAAGGACACCCAGUCAUCUUCUCCAUCGCCACGGAUACGGCCACCACCUCCCCUACUUGUGAUCCAGCCAGGAUACCACGGCAACAACAAGGACGACGACGACGAUGGUGAAAAUGGCAACAAGGAAACACAGCAUGGAAACAGUGACACGUCAACAGGUCAGAGGGUUACAGCCUAUCACGAAGGGUUUGGUUUCAGAAGUUACCUUCUGGGGAAUAAUAAGAAACCAGUUGAAGAGGGAGCAGAGAGAGGGGCCAAACAGGAAGAGAGCACAUUACAACUGUUUGAGAGAAUGGCCAGAGAGGCAGAGGCAGAGAUUGACUCAAAGAAAAAGGCGGAUGCACUGAAGGAAAUAGACACUCAGAUGCCAUUAGACUCGACAACAGAUGCAGAUUUAUUUAAAGAGACCCCGGUGAGUCCGGAGUCUGUGGGGCAGAGAGAGCUGGCCGAGACAGAGGGAGAGCCACCGCUAGGCUUAGUAGUAGGGUCUAAAACAGACCAACUGACAGGACAAAAUACCCACGAAGAGACUGAGGCAGACUCACAGGCACAGUCAAAGCAGACAGAGUCAAAGGAGACAGAGUCAACGCAGGCGGAGUCAAAGGAGACGGAGUCAACGCAGGCGGAGUCAAAGGAGACGGAGUCAACGCAGGCGGAGUCAAAGGAGACAGAGUCAACGCAGGCGGAGUCAAAGGAGACAGAGUCAACGCAGGCGGAGUCAAAGGAGACGGAGUCAACGCAGGCGGAGUCAAAGGAGACUGAGUCAAAGGAGACAGAGUCAAAGGAGACAGAGUCAAAAGAGACUGAGUCAAAGGAGACUGAGUCAAAGGAGACUGAGUCAAAGGAGGCUGAGUCAAAGGAGACAGAGUCAACGCUACAUACAGUAUUAACGCAACAGACAAAGUCAGCGCUAGAGACAAAUUCAAACCUACAGAAUGAUAUCACGCUAGACAUGGAGAAAAAUACAAACUCACAGAAAAAGAGGAGGAAGAAGAAAAGAGGCAAAGUCUCAGAGUCACAGACACAGUCACAGUCAAAGCCAGAGUCAGAGUCACAGACACAAUCAAAGCCAGAGUCACAGACACAGACAGAGUCAAAGCCAGAGUCACAGACACAGACACGGUCAAUAACUAAGUCAGCGUCACAGACACAGUCAAAGCCAGAGUCAGAGUUGCAGUCACAGACAAAGCCAGAGUCAGAGUCGCAGACACAGUCAAAGCCAGAGUCAGAGUCACAGUCACAGACAAAGCCAGAGUCAGAGUCUCGGACAAAGUCAAAGCCAGAGUCAGAGUCACAGUCACAGUCAAAGCCAGAGUCACAGACACAGUCAAAGCCAGAGUCAGAGUCACAGACACAGGCAAAGCCAGAGUUAGACUCACAGACACAGACACAGAUACAGUCAAUAACUAAGUCAGAGUCACAGACACAGUCAAAGCCAGAGUCAGAGUCAAAGAUGCAGUCAAUGCCAGAGUCAGAGUCACAGAAACAGUCAAAGCCAGAGUCAGAGUCACAGUCACAGACAAAGCCUGAGUCAGAGUCACAGAUGCAGUCAAAGCCAGAGUCAGAGUCACAGAUGCAGUCAAAGCCAGAGUCAGAGUCACAGACACAGUCAAAGCCAGAGUCAGAGUCACAGUCACAGACACAGUCAAAGCCAGAGUCAGAGUCACAUACACAGUCAAAGCCAGAGUCAGAGUCACAGACACAGUCAAUGCCUAAGUCAGAGUCACAGACACAGUCAAAGCCAGAGUCAGAGUUAAAGACACAGACACGGUCAAAGCCAGAGUCAGAGUCACAGACGCAGUCAAUGCCAGAGUCAGAGCCACAGACACAGACACAGACACAGUCAAAGACAGAGUCAGAGUCAGAGUCACAGACACAGUCAAAGCCAGAGUCAGAAUCACAGACACAGGCAAAGCCAGAGUCAGAGUCACAGACACAGUCAAAGCCAGAGUCAGAGUCAGAGUCACAGUCAAAGCCAGAGUCAGAGUCAAAGUCACAGACACAGUCAAUGCCAGAGUCAGAUUCACAGACACAGUCAAAGCCAGAGUCAGAGUCACAGUCACAGACACUGACACAGUCAAAGCCAGAGUCACAGACACAGUCAAAACCAGAGUCAGAGUCACAGACACAGUCAAAGCCAGAAUCAGAGUCACAGACAAAGUCAAAGCCAAAGUCAGAGUCACAGACACAGACACAGUCAAAGCCAGAGUCAGAGUCACAGACACAGUCAAUGCCAGAGUCAGAGUCACAGACACAGUCAAAGCCAGAGUCAGAGUCACAGACACAGUCAAAUCCAGAGUCAGAGUCACAGACACAGUCAAAGCCAGAGUCAGAGUCACAGACACAGUCAAAGCCAGAGUCACAGUCACAGACAAAGUCAAAGCCAGAGUCAGAGUCACAGACACCGACACAGUCAAAGCCAGAGUCACAGACACAGUCAAAGCCAGAGUCAGAGUCACAGACACAGUCAAAGCCAGAGUCAGAAUCACAGUCACAGACAAAGUCAAAGCCAGAGUCAGAGUCACAGAUACAGACACAGUCAAAGCCAGAGUCAGAGUCACAGACACAGUCAAAGCCAGAGUCACAGACACAGUCAAAGCCAGAGUCAGAGUCACAGACACAGUCAAAGCCAGAGUCAGAGUCACACACACAGUCAAUGCCAGAGUCAGAGUCACAGACACAGUCAAAGCCAGAGUCAGAGUCACAACACAGACACAAAUCAAAGCCAGAGUCAGAGUCACAGCCACAGCACAGCCAGAUCAAAGCCAGAGUCAGAGUCACAGUACAGACAAAGUCAACAAGUCAGAGUCCCAACAGACACAGUCAAGCCAGCAAAGUCACAGACCAGCACAGCAAGUCAGAGUCACAGACACAGUCAAAGCCAGAGUCAGAGUCACGACAGACACAGUCAACUCAACACAGCCAGAAGUCAGAGUCACAGACACGUCAACCAGAGUCAGAGUCACAGACACAGUCAAAGCCAGAGUCAGAGUCACAGAUACAGGUCGAGUCACAGACACAGUCAAAGCCAGAGUCAGAGUCACAGACACAGACACAAUCAAAGCCAGAGUCAGAGUCACAGACACAGACACAAUCAAAGCCAGAGUCAGAUUCACAGACACAGUCAAAGCCAGAGUCAGAGUCACAGUCACAGACAAAGUCAAAGCCAGAGUCAGAGUCACAGACACAGCAACCAGAUCAGCACACAGUCAACCAGAGUCAAGUCACAGACAAGUCAAGCCAGAGUCAGACACAGCAACCAAGUCAGAGUCAAACCAGAGUCACAGACAAGUCAACAGCACAAAGUCAAAGUCAGAACAGCACAGCAAGCCAUCAGAGUCACAGAUCACAGACAACAGUCAAAGCCAGAGUCAGAGUCACAGACAUCAAGCAAUCAGACACAGUCAAAGCCAGAGUCAGAGUCACAGACACAGUCAAAGCCAGAGUCAGAGUCACAGACAGCAAACCAGUCAGAGGAAAGUCAACAGAAGUCAGAGUCACAGCACAGUCAAAGCCAGAGUCAGAGUCACAGAUACAGACACAGUCAAAGCCAGAGUCCACAGAACCAGUGACAGACAGUCAAAGCCAAGCAGAGUCAGAGUCACAGACACAGUCAAAGCCAGAGUAUCCAGAAAACGAUCACAGACACAGUCAAAGCCAGAGUCAGAGUCACAGACACAGUCAAGCCAGAGUCAGAGUCACAGACACAGUCAAAGCCAGAGUCAGAGUCACAGACACAGUCAACAAGCAGAGUACACAGAGUCAGAGUCACAGACACAGUCAAGCCAGAGUCAGAGUCCACAGUCAAACAACAGUCACAGACCAGUCAAAGCAGCAGAGUCACAGACACAGUCAAAGCCAGAGUCAGAGUCACAGACACAGUCAAAGCCAGAGUCAGAUCACAGCACAGACAAGUCAAGCCAGAGUCAGCAGACACAGAUCAGACACAGUCAAAGCCAGAGUCAGAGUCACAGACACAGCCACAACAGACCAGUCAAAGCCAGAGUCACAGACACGUCAAGCCAGAGUCAGACUCACAGACACAGUCAAAGCCAGAGUCAGAGUCACAGACACAGCAAGCCAGAUCAGAGUCACAGAUCACAGUCAAGUCAGAGUCACAGACACAGUCAAAGCCAGAGUCAGAGUCACAGACAAAGUCAAAAGCCAGAGUCAGAGUCACAGACACAGUCAAACCAGAGUCAAGUCACAGACACAGGCACAGCAAAGCCAAGUCAGAGUCAAGCCACAGACACAGUCAAAGCCAGAGUCAGAUCACAGAUACAGACACAGUCAAAGCAGAGUCCAGACACAGGCACAGCCAAACAGAAUCAGAGUCACAGACACAGUCAAACGCAAGCAGAGUCAGAGUACGACCAGUCAAAGCCAGAGUCAAGUCACAGAACAGACCAUCAAGUCAGAGUCACAACACAGUCAAGCCAGAGUCAGAGUCAGAGUCCAGACCAGUCAAGCCAUCAGGUCACAGACAGCAAGCCAGCAGGUAGACCGUCAAGCGAGUCCAAGCCAGUCAAGCCAGGUCAGAGUCCGACACAGUCAAGCCAGAGUCAAGUCACGACACAGAAAGCCAAUCAAGUCAAGACACGUCACCGAUCAGUCGCAACACAUCAAGCUAUCGAGUCACAGACACGUCAAGCCAGGUCAGGCACGUCAGACAGUCAAAGCAGAUCAGGGUCACAGUCACAGUCAAAGCCAGAGUCAGUCAGAGUCACAGGGACACACAAGCAGAGACAGAGUCAGAGCCACACACAGGACAUCAAAGCCAGAGAGUCAGAGUCGAGUACAGACCAGCAACACGUCAGGUCACAGAAACAGACGAGUCAAACAGCGGGGUCACAGAAAGGCAAAGCCUGAGUCAGAGCAAGACACAACACAUCAAAGCCAGAGUCAGGGUCACAGACACAGUCAAACCCAGAGUCAGAUACACAGUUAAACCAGAGUUAGAGACACUGUUAAACCCAAAGUCAGAGACACAGUUAAACCGAGAGUCAGAGUCAGAGUCACAGACACAGUCAGACAUCCAGACAGGGACAAACAGAGAACCACAGGGCAAGAGUUCAGGUUACCAGGAACAGCUGAGCCCCAGGGGACAGACCAGCUCCAGCCCCUCAUCCACAGGCUGUGGGGAUCAUCUUACCACCAGCCUGGCCCUUGGUUCACCUGCCCUCAGCCUGGCCCUUACCCAGGCCAUGCCCCAGUCCCAGGCCCAACCCAGCUCCAGCCCCCCAGCCCCAGGCUCUCAGAAUGGGCAGAAGGAUCAUCUCACCGUCCAGGCUGGUUCACCUGCCCCCAGUCUGGCCCCAACCCGACCCCAGGAGCCUCAGCACUCUGCAGACCACCACCAGACAGGUGGCCCCUUCUCUCUGACUCAAGGUCUUGAAACCCCAGACCUGAACCGCAACGCAACAGGAGGGGUUAAUGAGAAUGACAGGAAUAGAUCAGCGCAGACCACAGUUAUUGAUAUGGGUAGUAAUGGCAGCACAAUCUCUGCCCGUGUUUCUGAUCAGAGAUCAGACAUAAAAACACAAGAGGAACAUGUAUUCCCUGUGAAGUGUGGAGAUAACACACGCUCACUGGACCAGAGUAACACACGCUCACUGGACCAGAGUAACACACGCUCACUGGACCAGAGUAACACACGCUCUGAGAUUCAGAACCGAGCCUGUAUAGGAAAGGAAGCGAGGGAGGAGGAGGUGAGGGAGAAGAGUGCCCUUGAAGAGCCUUCUGUAGUGGCCACUACUGCCGUCGGCAACGCGUUGCCCAUGACAACACCCACGAUGCCAGAAACGAUAGAAUGUGAGGGAGAGGGGAAAAACAGGCAGCUCGAUUCGCUGGAGAGAGACAGAGCAGCAACAGUUUCUACUCCGGCGGUAGAAACAGAGUCUGUGGCACUAGGAGACAGAGGAAGAGGUUUAGGGGGAAUACAGGAGAGUCUGUUGAAAUGCUCUGCAGGAGCAGAGGGACACAGAGAAACAGCCAUCUUCCUCCCGACGUCCAGACACACCCAGGUCUCAUUAAUCUACACUGGGAUAAAAGGCUCACCUGCACUCCCUGUUAAGGACACAGAGACAGAGACAAGGGCUGGAUCUGCGUCUGACCAGGACUGCAGCAAUAACACUGUGCCUCACAACUCACUGGAGAGUGAAGAGAAGGGAGUGGAGGGAGGGGGGAAGCCUGCCAGCGGCACCCCAGGGACGAACACACUCUCUCCAGCCACGGAGAGAGAGAAGAAGGGACAGAUAGAGAAGGAGUCUGGACACCGGACAGAAGACCACAACGUCACUGAUACCUCUCCUUCUCCCCUCGGGGUAAUCACAGGACGUCACUGCCAGGAAGACAACGACGCUGCUACUGUCACCGGAUUAGAGAGUGGGGGAAAGGAGGGAGAGGAGGGAGAGGAGGGAGAAAGAGGAGGAGGAGGAAAGGAGGGGGGAGAACAGAAAGGAGAGAGAGGAGGAGGGGGAGGAGGAGGAGGAGGAAAGGAGGGGGGAGAACAGAGAGGAGAGAGAGGAGGGAGGGGAGGAGGAGGAGGAGGGGGGAGGAGGAGGAGUAGGAGGGAGAGGAGGAGGAGGAGGAGGAGGAGGAGGAGGAGGAAUAGCUGCUGCCAGAGAGCAGGUUUCAUUGAGCCAUCCGACAGCGGGGGGGUCCACAGCUAGCAGGGUGUCAUCAGCUGGGAGUGAGACGUGCCCGCCCCCUGACGUUACCACCGCUGACGUUCCUGUUCCUUUCGACUCAUUGCUACCGUCGCAGUGCUGCUGGGGGGGUGAGCUCAUCAUACCCUCCUCUACCUCUUCUGCAUCCGCCGGCAGCAGCAGCAACAUCAUCUCUGCUGAUCAGGUCUGUCUCUCUCUCACUCCACCAAUACAGCAACAGGACAACAGAGAUUCAGCUCUCUCAUCUCUCCUUCACUCUCAGCUAAGCACCUCCGGUGAGCAAGAACAAGGCAGUCUCUCUAUCUCUCAGCCCUUCCGGCAGCCAGAAAACAGAGAUUCAGCUCUCCUCUCAUCUCUCCUCCCUCCCUUUCUCUCUGCUGAGCACGAGGAGUCCCGGGACAGGGACAACACAAAAGAGGCACAGAGACCAAGGAGUCAGCAGACGACGGACUUUGUCUCAAACAGAGUCUUGAGUCAGAAGAGAACAGAGGUACAGAGACAGAGGUGUCGUCUCAUUUCAAACAGAGCCUGAGUCCAGAACCAGAGGAGAAAGGAGGAGGAGUGCCCACAGGUCCUGUCCUAGGUCUUAAAGAGCACUCUGAGCCACAGUCGCAGGGCUCCAGCAGCAACACAAAGGGAGGCACGGAGACUGAGGAGAGGGCUUGUCUCAAACAGAGGCAGGAGAGAAAGGAGGAUCCAGAACGGAAACAAGGAAGUUUAGGACCCGUCCUAGGAGAACUAAGAGAAGCCUCCAUCUCAGCCACAGACACAGAGACGGGGAGAGAGACAGCGGAGGAUCCCGGCGAAGCCUUCUCUUUAUUCUCACCUCAGCCUCCGCUGGUCUUUCAGUUACAGCAGAGCUCGGCCACAUUGGGGAGCUACAAUCAACAGGUCCAUAUCGACCACACCGGAACCAGAACAGAGGCUAAGGUUUCUGAGAGUGAAGCUACACUCCUCAGGUCAGUACAGCCUCAUCCUCAGCCUCAGCCUCAGCCUCAGCCUCAGCCUCAAGGCAGUGGUAGUGGUGUAGUGGAAGGCCCCACUAUGGCUGGCGUUGGGGUUUUCCAGCUAGCUCUGAGAGACAAUGUAAGGGGCGGCAGGAAACUAUUUUUCAACGACGCGGUGAAAGCAGAUGACAGCUCCUCAACGGGCCUCCGUGAUGUCUCUGUCUCCCAACCAGCUGCUGGACUGGACCGUGCCUCCCUGCCUCCGCUGAAGGUGCACGAGAACCUUCGCCACCCAGUGACUGAAGCCAGCUUCACCUCCCAUGACUUCCUCAGCUCCAGGAAGCCAGAGACCCCACCACCACCACCAGCCGUAAGCCCACCACAAGCAGCUCUGGCUGGGGAUGCUCUUCCAACACUGAACCCCCUUGACCUCCAGGGGGAGCCUCAGCAGAAGUCCCUGGCAGGAAGAGAUGUUAAAGAGGCUGGGAAGGGGUCAGAGGCUGGGAAGGGGUCAGAGGAAGGAGAGAAGGAGGGAGGAGAGAAGGAGGGAGGAGAGAAGGAGGGAGGAGAGAAGGAGGGAGGAGAGAAGGAGGGAGGAGAGAAGGAGGGAGGAAAGAAGAGGAGGAAAGGAAGUUGGAGAAGAUAAGUAUGGACAGGAUAGAGGAAAAAUGUUAGUUAGGAAAGGGGUUCAGGGAGAUUGUGGAGGAUUAGUAGCUGAAGACAAUAAUAACAGCCGUCAGGACUCUGCUCCAGUUGAACCUGCCCUCGACCCAGACCCAGUCCCAGACUCGAAACAGGUGGAUAUCAAACUUCCUCCUUCUUCUUCGUCCCUCACACCAUCCCCUGCUCAGAAGUACCUCACCACCACAUCCAGUGAGUCCGUUUUCCAGUUUUUCUUUGAGGAUGCGUCCACCUGUGCUGGACCUGUGUGCAGUGCCCAGUGCCUGUGUGCAGUGCCCAGUGUAGGUUCCCUCUAUGCCCAGCCAGACGGUGGAUCAAGAUCAAACUCCCCUGGAGAUGUGACCUUGACCACCACCACCACAGUAGUCACUACGGCGCUGCAGACAAAGCCGGAUGAGGACCAGCCCACCAUUCAGGCUGAUCAGCCCACAAGCCAAUUAGACCAAUCAAUUCACCAUGACCUUCCUGUCACAGAUCUUAUGGAGGACAGAGAGAGGCCUCCACAGACUCCACAGUGUUCUAGAGCCCCUCCCUCUGUGGCUAACGCUAUGGCUGAGGCUGGAGCUGGGGCCAGAAUUGAGGCUGGGGCUGGGGCCAGAAUUGAGGCUGGGGCUGGGGCCAGAAUUGAGGCUGGGGCUGGGGCCGAAGUUGCGGUAGAGACUGGGCUUCGUGUUCCAGAGAUGACUGUCCCUAACCAAUCCCCUUCAGAUCCUAUGAAGGGUAGAGAGGGGCCUCAGAGAACAGACUUCCCUUCUUUGGAUUUGGCUAAGGCUGAAGUUGAGGCAACGACAGUGGCUGGAGCUGAGGCUGAAGUUAAGACAGUGACUGGGGCCAGUAUUCCAGAGGUAACAGUCUUUGACCUGUGCUCUCCUACACUGAGGGAUCAAUCCGAUAGUGUUGAGCCAAUAGUGAUACUGAAGCACCCAGGUCCCAUGCUGAGUCACUAUGACUUCAUCAGUGACUGUGACAUUUUACUUCCUGGACCCGGGGACUGUCAUGGCGGCAGUCAUCAUGACUGCAUCACACUUCCUGAUCACGUGACAGGGGAAAUGACACCACUCCCUGAUCAUGUGAUAGAGGAAGUGACACAGGCAGCAUCUGUAAUACUGGAUUCAGAGUACAGAGAUUAUCUGAGACACAGGGAGGAAGAGGAAGCGCAUGAGACUGGCAACAGUGGUGACAAAGGAUCGCUGGCUGAAAAGGUUAAAGAGGAGGUUAGUGAGAAGCUUCCAGAAAAAGUCCCCAUCUUUAAAUCACCAUCUCAGCCUCAGGCCACAGUAUCAACAUCUGGAUCUGAUAACACCAUUUCUCUACAUGUAUUUCACUUUGGACCUGAGGCCAAGAUAGAAGAGCCUCUCAGGGUUAAUCUAUUCAGUAGCGCUGCAUCCAUUAAUGAUGAGGUCAUCAGUGUGGGUUCGUCCAUUAAAGAUGACAUCAUCAAUGUCAGCCCACCACUCAGUGCUGAGCAGCCAAUCAGCAGCCAGCCUCUCGAUGUAAACACAGAGGACAAACAGGAAGAAAAGAAGAGGACAGUGAAAAGGAAGGAAGAGAGGACACAACAUGAGGAGAAGGAAACAGAGAAGGAAACAGAGAAGGAAACAGAGAAGGAAACAGAGGAGAAGGAAACAGAGAGGAAUCUCUCUCAAGAGGAAAAAAGGCAGGAAGAAAAACAAAGAGUGGACAAACGACAGGAAAUGGAGGAGGAUGACAAGCAGAAAGGAAAAUGGAAUCAGACACAACAGCAGAGUAAUGGGACUGAUAGGAAAGCAGGACAGGAAAUCAGAGAGACCGGAUAUCAGCAUUUGGAACAGCAGCAGACACAGACACUGACACUGAAAGAAUCACAAAUAGUGGCUCUCCACGAGGAGAGAGAUGAGAAGAGUGGUUUAACAGACAUUGGAGCCAAUAUGCCUUCACAUAACCGUUUCUUUUUAGACUGGCAUGGUGGUGAUGUGGAGAGAGACAACGCAGGGAGUGCAGAAACAGUCAAGGCUGUGGAGCAAACAGGAAGAAAGGAGAAGAGUGUCAGAACAGGUGAAGGAGAGGAGAAGGCCUCAUCUGGCCCCAGCCUGGCUCCUUUUGGCUCGUCUGAGGAUGGGUUUUGUUCCAGUGGAGACUAUUUGUCCUCUCCCUCUGUGUUAGAACAAAGUCUCUACCCCACGCUGCCGGUGCCAGCAACAGUGAAGACACUGGAGCCCUGCGCAGAGACUAGAGACCCCUUUGUACCCGAUUCGACUGAAAAUGCAGCUCUCAGCCAAUCAGAAUCAGAGAUUCUUCCGAAACGUUUUGCUCGGCAACAGGAACAAGAACAGCAGCAGGAGAAGACAGGAUCCAGUACCGCCUCAGAGGACCUAUCAUGUGGUCGUUUAGUUAGAAGUGAUGGAGGAGGAGACUCAGACAACAACAAGCGCACUGAGUCCCUCACAGCCUCAACAUUGUUGCCGGGGGUAACACAGGGAGCAGAGAGGACCCUGGGUGGUCAGGAAGAGAACAGCGAGUCAGGUGACUGCAACUAUGAUGUCAUCCACGGAGAGAGAGGUCCAUACAUAAGGGAGAGAGAGGGGAAGAUUACUUCUACUGUAGGGGGCUAUGGAGUCAGUAUACCUUUUCACAGUGUGAACCAUGGUCAUGAAGGAGUCAAUAUGCCUUCUCAUAGUCACAAUCGUUUCUUUUUAGACUGGGGUAGUGGGGAUGUUGAGAGAGACAACAACACAGGGACUGUAGUAAAAGUCCCUUAUGAUAGUGAAAAAAGACUGGAGACAGAUAAAAACCAAAGCACUGGUCCAGGAGAAGUCAACAUCCCGUCUGAUUCAGACAGUUCAGAGCUCGAGUCAAAGGGUCUGUCGGUGAAGGAUGAGGAGAGUGUGGGGGUUAAGGGUCAGAGAACUGACGUUUUGACAUCAGCUCUUCAAGAUCAACACAGCAAAACAGAGGCCACAGAGAACACUGCAGCCCCUGUCGGAACGGAUUCACACCCAGAUGAAACCCCACCGCUGGAAUGUCCCGUCUCGUCGACGUCAUGUUCACAGGGCAGAGUCAGCUCAGACCACCAGGCCAGAGAAACUGUCCCUGUCAAACUGACCCCAGACCAGGUCACGGACACUCCUGUGAUAAUGGCUGACACUCACCCUGUUCAGGUCAAGAUCAAAGCCUCUGUACAGGAUACAGAAUGGAAGGCAGUGGAGCCAUGUUCAGCUCAUGACACGGUCGAAACCAGCAACAUUAGUGGAACUCAAGAAAGUCCUGGGCUCAAUGUCGAUCCUGAUCCUGAGCCUCAUGUGGUCCAGAAGGCCUCCAGCACAGCAACAACAACAACAACAACAACCACAGCCACAGAAAGCCCCACAGCAGCACAACUAGCUGACUCAGAGAGAGAAGCCACAGAGGAGGAUACUGAGGCCUUGAACAGGAAGGACGAGAAGAGGACUAGAGCAUUAGCAAAAAGGAUAGAAGAGAGGAAACAGGAAGAGAGGAAACAGGAAGAGAGGAAACAGGAAGAGAGGUACCAGGAAGAGAGGAAACAGGAAGAGAGGAAACAAAAGCAGAAGAAAGAGAAGGAGGAAAAACACAAGCUCUUAACAGAACAGACUGGUCCUACCACAGAACAGACUGGUCCUACCACAGAACAGACUGGUCCUACCACAGAACAUACUGGUCCUACCACAGAACAGACUGGUCCUACCACAGAACAGACUAGUCCUACCACAGAACAGACUGGUCCUACCACAGAACAGACUGGUCCUACCACAGAACAUACUGGUCCUGCCACAAAACAGACUAGUCCUACCACAGAACAGACUGGUCCUACCACAGAACAUACUGGUCCUACCACAGAUCAGACUGGUCCUACCACAGAACAUACUGGUCCUGCCACAAAACAGACUAGUCCUACCACAGAACAUACUGGUCCUACCACAGAACAUACUGGUCCUACCACAGAACAGACUGGUCCUACCACAGAACAGACUGGUCCUACCACAGAACAGACUAGUCCUACCACAGAACAGACAGAGAUGUCAGUUACUGGUCCUACCACAGAACAGACUAGUCCUACCACAGAACAGACAGAGAUGUCAGUUACUGGUCCUACCACAGAACAGACUGGUCCUGCCACAGAACAGACAGCGAUAUCAGUUACUGGUCCUACCACAGAACCACAAACAGAGAUGUCAAUUACUGGCCGUACCACAGAACAGACGGAGAUGUCAGUUACUGGUUCUACCACAGAAAAGACAGAGAUGUCAGUUACUGGUCCUACCACAGAACCACAGACAGAGAUGUCAGUUACUGGUCCAACCACAGAACAGACAGAGAUGUCAGUUACUGGUCCUACCACAGAACAGAAAGAGAUGUCAGUUACUGGUCCUACCACAGAACAGAAAGAGAUGUCAGUUACUGGUCCAACCACAGAACAGAAAGAGAUGUCAGUUACUGGUCCAACCACAGAACAGAAAGAGAUGUCAGUUACUGGUCCUACCACAGAACAGACAGAGCCAGAGAUAGACUGGUUGUCUGCGCUCAGAUACCAUGCAGCCUCCCUCUCGCAGUCCGACCAACAGAACACAGCGGAGUCCUCUGAGAAAACUACAGAACCCAGGUACUGCACUCCUCACUGUACACAGACUGUGUGUGUGUGCGUACAUGCGUGUUGUCUAGGGAGUGUUUUUGUUUACUGCAUUGUUUUCUGUUGUUAUACCACGCUGUCAGGGAGAUAUCAUGCAAUCAGGGAGAUAUCACACCGUCAGGGAGAUAUCACGGCGUCAGUGAUAUAUCACGCCGUCAGGGAGUUAUCACGCCGUCAGGGAGAUAUCAUGCAUCAGGGAGAUAUCCCGCCGUUAGGGAGAUACCACGGCGUCAAGGAGAUACCGCGCUGUGAAGGACGUCACUGUUAGGGAGAUACCGCGCCGUCAGGGAGAUAUCGCGCCGUUAGGGGGAGAUACCACACCGUCAGGGAGAUACCGGGCCAUUAGGGGAAGAUACCGCACCGUCAGGGAGAUACCGCGCCAUUAGGGGGAGAUACCGCGCCGUCAGGGGGCGAUACCGCGCCGUCAGGGCGAUACUGCGGAAUCAGGGCGAUAGCACGCCAUCAGGCAGAUACUAUGCCGUCAUGGAUGUCACUGUCAGGGAGAUACCGCGCUGUUAGGGGGAGAUACUAUGCCAUCAGGGAGAUACCGCACCGUUAGGAGGAGAUACCGCGCCAUCAGAGAGAAACCGCGCCAUUAAGAGGAGAUUCGGAGGCGUCAGGGCGAUACCGCAGCGUCAGGGAGAUAUCAUGCCGUCAUGGAGAUAUCACGCUGUCAGGGAGAUACUGCGCAGUCAGAGAGAUAUCGCGCCGUUAGGGGGAGAUAUCGCGCCGUUAGGGGGAGAUACCGCACCGUCAGGGAGAUACCACUCCAUUAGGGGGAGAUACCCCGCCGUCAGGGAGAUACCCCGCCGUCAGGGGGAGAUACCGCACCGUCAGGGCAAUACCGCGGCAUCAGGGCGAUAGCACGCCGUCAGGGAGAUACUAUGCCAUCAUGGACGUCACUGUCAGGGAGAUACUGUGCCGUCAGGGAGAAAUUGCGCCGUCAGGGAGAUACCACACUGUUAGGGGGAGAUACCGCGCCGUCAGUGAGAUACCGCGCCAUUAGGGAGAGAUACUGCGCCAUCAGAGAGAUAGCGCCACGUUAAGAGGCGAUACCGCGCCAUCAGGGCGAUACCGCGGCUUCAGGGAGAUAUCAUGCCGUCAUGGAGAUAUCACGCCGUCAGGGAGAUACUAUGCCAUCAUGGACGUCACUGUCAGGGAGAUACUGCGCCGUCAGGGAGAUACAGCGCUGGAAGGGAAUUACCGCGCCGUCAGGAAGAUAUCACGCCGUCAGGGAGAUACCGCGCAGUUAGGGUGAGAUACUGCACCGUCAGGGAGACACUGCGCCGACAGGGAGAUACUGUGCCUUCAGGGCGAUAUCACGCCGUCAGGGAGACUCUAUGCCGUCAAGGAGAUACCGCGCAGUCAUGGACGUCACUGUCAGGGAGAUACCGCGCUUUAAGGGAAAUACCGCAGACUCAGGGAGAAAUUACGCCGUCAGGGAGAUACAGCGCCGUUAGGAGGAGAUACCGCACCAUCAGAGAGAAACCACGCCGUUAAGAGGAGAGACGGCGCAUCAGGGCGAUACCGCAGCGUCAGGGAGAUAUCAUGCCGUCAUGGAGAUAUCACGCUGUCAGGGAGAUACCGCGCCAUCAGAGAGAUAGCGCAUCGUCAGGGACAUACCUCACCAUUAGGGGAAGAUACCGUGCCAUCAGGGAGAUACAGCGCCGUUAGGGGGAGAUACCGCACCGCCAGGGAGAUACCGCGCCAUUAGGGGGAAAAACGGCGCCCUCAGGGAGAUAUUGCGGCGUCAGGGAGAUAGCGCAACUUUAAGAGGCGAUACCGCGCCAUCAGGGCGAUACUGCGGCUUCAGGGAGAUAUCAUGCCGUCAUGGAGAUAUCACGCUGUCCGGGAGAUACUGCGCCGUCAGGGAGAUACAGCGCCUUAAGGGAAAUACCGCAGAUACAGGGAGAAAUUGCGCCGUCAGGGAGAUACCGCGCUGUUAGGUGGAGAUACCGUGCCGUCAGGGAGAUACAGCGCCGUUAGGAGGAGAUACCGCACCAUCAGAGAGAAACCGCGCCAUUAAGAGGAGAUACGGCGCGUCAGGGCGAUACCGCGGCGUCAGGGAGAUAUCAUGUCUUCAAGGAGAUAUCACGCUGUCAGGGAAAUACCGCAGCAUCAGAGAGAUACUGUGCCGUUAGUGGGAGAUACCGCACUGUCAGGGCGAUACCGCAGCGUCAGGGAGAUAUCAUGCCGUCAUGUUGAUAUCACGGCGUCAGGGAGAUACUGCGCCGUCAGGGAGAAAUUGUGCCGUCAGGGAGAUACCGCGCUGUUAGGGGGAGAUACCGCGCCAUCAGAGAGAGAGCGCGCCGUUAAGAGGCGAUACCGUGGCGUCAGGGCGAUACCGCGGCGUCAGGGAGAUAUCAUGUCUUCAUGGAGAUAUCACGCUGUCUGGGCGAUACCGUGCCGUCAGAGAGAUACCGCGCCGUCAGGGAGAUACUGCGCCAUUAGGGGGAGAUACCGCACCGUCAGGGAGAUACCGCACCAUCAGGGGGAGAUUCCGCGCCGUCAGUGAGAUACCGCGCCUUUAGGGGGAGAUACCGCGCCAUCAGAGAGAGAGCGCGCCGUUAAGAGGAGAUACCGUGGCGUCAGGGCAAUACCGCGGCGUUAGGGAGAUAUCAUGUCUUCAUGGAGAUAUCACGCUGUCUGGGAGAUACCACACCGUCAGGGAGAUACCGCGCUAUUAGGGGGAGAUUUCGCGCUGUCAGGGAGAUACCGCACCGUCAGGGAGACACCGCGCCGUCAGGGAGGUAUCGCGCCGCCAGGGGGAGAUACCGCGCCGUCAAGGGGAGAUACCGCAUCGUCAGGGAGAU